CGCCAUUCCUCCUCCUCCUUCUUCUCCUCCUUCUCCUCCAAGACACUGUCGCAUAUGCGGGACAUUUCGACACACCAGCGACAAGUGCCUUAGCAGCAGCAGCAGCAGCAGCAGCAGCAGCAGUAGCAGCGACCAUGCUGCCCUCCGCUCCCGACGAUGACUGCGACAGCUGCAAACCAUCCUAUCUCGUCCGACGAAGCCUGGAUUCCGUCCCGCCCUCCACCGUCGUCUUCUCGUGCAUUCCCUUCCUCCUGACCUGGGCCGUGACCGCCUAUGUUGCGCAGUACAAGCUCUUCCCACAGCUCGUAGCGAGCAGUGCUGAGUCCGAGCGGAGGGGUGGACAGGGUGGACAAGAUGGACUUCCGCAGUUCAACAAGGACACAUUCGCCAAGCCCGCCACGAGUGGAUGGAGAGAAAAGCUACAAAGUGCUUCGAGAGAGAAGCUGGCAUCUUGGGUCUUCUCGGCCACAAUCGGCCUAUCUGCAGUCUUGAUAGAGCUGCUUCUCUUCGAGAUCUCUGAUACUCUGAAUCCGGCAGUGCGAGGCCUGGCGUUGCAGGUCACGCUGAACUCUCUGCUGCUGUUGAUUCUCAUUGUGACGCCUGCACUGGAGAUACAUGGCUUCGUGAGAGGCAUGUUUGUGUCAUCCUCAGAAACUACGUCCACGCGCAGGACACGGCCUUGGUUGCAGCACUUUCUACGAUCAGCCAUCUCCAAGCUGUGGCUGCUGGCUUUCUGGUACAUACCUCAGGCGUCGAUUCUGCGAGAUACCUUGCACGGUCCCGAUUCAGGACCCCAUGAGGGCGAUCAUGGCUUUGCUGAAGCUUGUUUGGAACGACUGGGCAUUAUCGGCAUCUCGCUUAUGGCAUCCUUGGCAGGCUUUGCUGCCGUCUCUUCGCUAUGGCAGACUUUCGGCGUACGACACCGACCGGUGAAGGACACAGAUAUCUCGAGAAAGGCAUCGGGACUGGCAGCCACAGAAGAUAUGCUUGCUGCCAAGCAAAGCAGAGUCCGCGCGCUAGAGAGGAAGAUGUCUGCAGAUGCCUCGUCCUCGGAACAGAAAUCAGGCUUUGUGGGCCGAAUGAUGGGUUCCUUCCGUGGCUCCAAUGAAGCACAGGAGCUGAAAGCCCUGCGAAUGGAAGUCUCAGGCCUCGAGACUAUGCGCUUCACACUAUCGACCUCGUUGUCGAAUCUACGGACACGCUACGCAGACCAAGAACGCGCAAGAACGCAAGCCGGUAAAGCGCUCAACAUCAUGAAUCUGGUUUUCGCCAUCUAUUGCGCAUAUCGCAUCUUUGCCACUUCUCUGUCCUCGUUGCGAAAAUGGUGGCAGCCCACCCACUCCUUCGCCACGAGCGACCCAAUCAACAAAGCUCUAGCACUGUUGACAGCACAUUGGGAUAGCGAAUUGGAUCGAGAUGCGUGGGCACGACAAAUCAGCUUCUUCCUAUCCGGCAUCAUGCUCCUGGCAUCUUUCAACGCAGUCUUGCAGACUUUACGCCUCUUCUCUCGUUUCGCGCCGAGCUUGCUGCAAAGGUCACAGACCAGCUUGCCUCUGGUCAUAUCGCAAAUCGCUGGUACCUAUGUCAUCAGCUCGGCGUUAUUGCUGCGAAGUAACCUGCCCGCAGAGGUGAGUAGCGUCAUCUCGGAAGCAUUGGGAGCACCCUUGGAAGGUCGUUUUGUGGAAGGCUGGUUCGAGAGCUGGUUUCUGGUAGCUGUCGGCCUUACCGCUACGGGCAUUCUGGUCGGCAGGAAGGUUGGAGGAGAUGCCGAUUGGGAUGAUGAUGAAGCGUAUGAGAUGGGAAAACGAAGUUGAAGCACAGUCAUCUUUUUGCUGCUGUUUUGUCAUUCUCGUGCCGGCUAUCGACUGCACAUAUUGCGAGAAGCAUUGUGUCAUUGGGUCAUACUUGAAGUCACACGAGCGCGCAAGAGCCCGGAAGGGUAUCUGUGAGGAGGGACGCGACUAUCGUGAGAUCGGCUAGGGAAAUGGGCACCGCUGGACCUUCUGCCUCCACUUCACCAGCUACAGCUGCGACUCCGCCAACUAUUGCCGCUUCUCAGUCAUGCUGUCGUCGCCUCACCAACUCGCGCUGCUCGACCAAGCGCCGUUGCGGCAUGACCCGCAGGUUACUAGAUACCUGACUGGGAACGACUAUUAUCCUAUUCGCCUCUCUGUAUUAACUGAUGACAACUAUAGUAUUGAGUAUGUGAGCACGGCAUGUUAAAAGGAAGGCGAGAAGUCCAAGGGCAAGCACGUGAGGAGUGGUGUGUAUACCUCAGCAGCUGGUUACCUAUAUACUGGGUUCCGACUUCACCACCCCCGACGGCAUUGCGGCAGCCACUUUGGAUCAGCCGGGACGAAACACUCUUCGUCGCUUCUCCCAAUCCGCUCGCCAUUGGAGUCGCGCCCCGCUGUCCAAUCGCCGCCGCGUCGCCCCACCUCCCGGCGGUGACAUGCCGAUUCGCGGUGAAUAGCGACGACGAGAUGGAGGAUGAGGUAGCUAGCGACGACGCCUCUGAGCGCCAGCUCCACGGCCAGCAACUCGGGACGACGAGUACAUGUAUGCGCACCCUUCCCUCCUCUCGGGCAGCCUCGAUGUGUGAACGGCAGGUCCGAGGAUAAAGAUACGAUAUACAUCAUUCCUAGGUGUCUUAGAUUCCUAGUCCUAGUUAGAUCUAUUUAAUAGACGAAUAUAUGUUAUGAA